GUUCAUGAUUUUUUAUUUUCUCGCAAAUGUGUAAGGUAUCUUUAUAAUUAUUUCCAGCCACUCAUUUUAUCAAUUAUUUCCCGUAUUUCUGUGUAAAUUGUAUUAUUUUAAUUUUGUUUGGUAAAUUUAACUUUACCUUUAAAUUUGUCGCUAAAUUGAUCAUAUUUUGGUCAAGUUUAAUGUGUGGAAUAUUCGAAUGAAUGACGCAUUCCAUCAUAAUUUUUUUAACAAUUGCAAUUCUUUGACUAAUAAUAGUAAAAAUGAGAGUAUAAACAGGAAAAUUUAUUGUUCCAGCCCUUCAAACCAAUACAGGGUAAAUAACUAUGCCUUUCCUAAUUAUUUGGCACCGUUUUAUGACCAAAAUAUUCUUAAAGACAAUCCCUCCAAUUUUGGGGUUUAUUCCUCAUCAUCUUUGGUCUCUUCGGACUCCCGCCUUCAACUACCAAACACGGGGGAAUAUUUUACUUUUCAGCAAUCAGAAUCAGAAGUUUAUCGGGAAAUUAUUUCAAAUUCUGUAACCGACUUUGAUAACAUUCGUGGUAAAAAUAUCUCUCAAGUUGCUUUUAAGGAUAAUUUUGAGGAUGUUUCUAAGGUGUUUUCGGAUGAAAAAAUGUUAUUUGAAUCACUUGAAACUAAGUUAAAACCUUUGAAGUUGAAAGAACACCCAUGUGAAACUUGUUCUAAAAAUGGUUACAGUUCGUUUUACAACACCACUUUUGAUAGUGUUAAAGAUGCUGAAGGCAAGGUUUUUGACCCUUGUCCUCAUUCUUCACUUAAGAAUGUCCCAAUUCCAUACCCUAUUUCUUCCUUUAACAAUGAUUCAGUUCACACUACUGCUCUUAAAGUGGAUGAGUUUGAUAAAUUAUUGAGUUACAGUAAAGAAACUGAACUUGCUGAGAACUUGCCUGGUGAAAUCGAUGACAUUUCAGAAUUUAUUGAAACCAAAAGAAAUUUGAACGAUUUCAGCCCAAUCAAUACGAAUACUCUUCGUAACCUUUCAUUUAACCCCCAAUCACAAGGCGAUUUACAAAGUUCACAGUGUUCGAAUGGAAAAAACUCCACACUUUUUAAUGAGGAUUUACCGGUAAUUUCAUUAAAAAAUGAGACAACCGAGGAUAAUUUGAGCAAAUUGGAUGAAUGGAUAUAUCCUAAAUGUAUUUUGAAGAAUGCUAUUUCCCCUCAAUUUUCGAAAAAUUUAACUAGUAGAACACCUUUUAACUCUUUAGCCACUGUGCUAACCACUAAAUCGACCAGUAAAGAUGAAAUUGGAUCGGCUAUUAAUUUGGAAUCUAAAUUAUUGGAUGGUGAGAUGGACUUAAAUUUUAUGAUUGAGAGAUACGUUGAACUAAGGAAAUUGGACUAUCCUGAGGACAUUUUAAGAGCACUAAAACACUUGAUCUGUGAAAGAUUAAACAGACCCAAACUUUACUAUAAGGGGUCAAAAUCAGAUCAAAUUGAUAAAGAGACUCCAGAGUACAUUUUUAAUAACAUUAUCAAGACAGUCAACGUAGUUGAUGUGUUUAAAACUGAGGGAAAGUGUGUUGAUGAAGAAUCAACAAUGUAUACUUACUCAAGUUUGUCGUUAUCUUCGUACGAUUCCGUGUUUGAAAAUUUAAACUUUGACGUUUCUUUUAACGAUUUCUUUUGCCAAAAAAUCGACUCAGUUCACAAGAAUACUGUAGAUUUGUACGGUUGGCUUACAGUUUCUGAGGAAAAGUCAAGAAUACUUUCUAACAAAGUACUGUAUUGUGAGCUGGUGGGAGGCAGCUUAUCUUUAUUUUCACCAUCUACCAGGGAAAGUAACGACUCAUUUAAUUCAUAUAAACUUCUUAAAACGGUCAAAUUGGACGAGUUUUCAACCAUUACAAGAAAAAAAGAUUCAAAACAGAAUAAAAUAUUUAUACGUCUAUCAGGCACUUUAGACCCUAUCACUGAUGCCUCUAACAAGUCCAAUAAAACCAAAACUGGAGAUAAGAUAAUAUUAAAACUAGAGGCUGAUACACAAAAUGAGCUACAAAAUUGGUACAUAUUCUUAUUUUCAAGAUCGAGGAUAAGAUCAUUUUUAACUAUCUUGGAAGACCACAAAGUUACUCCACUGAACAACACUUUAUUCUUUCUUUUAUAUCCAAAACGGAGGGAGUUGAUUUUGAAUAGAUUAAAGUAUGAAAAUGAGUGCGAAGAGGAAAUCUACUCCAAAUUCAUCAAAAAUCCCUUCUACUACGCCGAUUUCACCAUGCGUAAUAUGAAUGAUAAUGAUAUGUUACAUCACAUACUUAAUUGGAAGCAACCUGUUUACACAAUUAACUUUUCUCUAAACAAACUCAAUUUAAAGAUUGAAGCACAAGGUGUUUUAGAUUAUCUCAACAACAACAACAUUCGUAAAUUAAUUCUUGACAGAAACCCUAUAAACGAAUCAUUUUACCUUAACAUUUUACCUCUGUUACCUAGUCAAACUGGUUUAAAGUACUUGAGUUUAAAGGGGUGUUCUCUAUACCCCUCCAUUACAGGCGUGUUGAAGGGUAUUUGUAGGAGUAAAGGGUUCGUAAAGUUUUCGUUGGAUUUGAGAGAGUGUGAGGUAGAGCCUGAAGUUGAGGCUUUCCUCUCUACUUACCCCUUCAACAAUUUGAAAAUUAUUCUCCAAAAUUCUUUAACUUAUCCUCAGGAUUUCGAAAUGGACAAUUUCAUAGAUAACAAAGACUUGUCUUUAAUUUCCAUAAUGGGUUCUGUUAUAUCUGGUAAACUUAUUUCGACAGAACAGAAAGUGAGGAAGAAUAACUGGUCGUGUUUUGGUACCAAAGUGGACAUGAGCUCCGACGUUUAUUUUGAAUACCGCGCUCCUUACUUAGUUUGGUACGACUGGACUCCUAAGAAAAGGCUUUUUUCACUUAACACACGUAAAGACUCAGAAGAUCAGACUAGUAAGUUAUCUGAGGACAAAGUUAUGUUUGUGAAAAACGUCAAGCUUGUGGAAAAGGCCGGGACUGAAUGGAUGAUGGUUGAAGGCAAAGUGCCUGACAAUUUCAAGUAUCAAUCUAAAUAUUUGAAGUUUUACGUUAAAGGCCAUAAUCAAAAUGUUACUAGUCGAUGGUUUGAAGUUAUUUCUAGAUGGGUGUGUGGAGUGCAAUACAUUGAUUACCUAUUACAUCAUUCGGACUUGGUCCCUUCCAAACACAUUCUCUCAUUCUGCUCAAAAAUCGAUACACCAGUAUUGGUGAUGAAUGGAUUUCCGUUAGAGCGAAAAUUUUUGAUGAGAUUUUUAUCCCAGCUGUCAACUCAAUCGACUUUGAAGGGGUUGAAUUUUUCAAAUAUGGGCAUCGACUCAAACAAGUUAUCGUUUGAAUUUCCGGUUCUGAGUGAUUUAGUUUUUGAUAAGCUCGACUUUUCCUUCAACUCCAUCACCCUGGAUGAAAUGAACCAAUGGCUCCUAAACGCCUUGGUACCCAAAAUCACAGUACAACACUACGACGUUAGCAGCAACCCACUGGGGGACACGGUAAAUACUACCAAGUUUUUUCUCAAAGUUUUGUCGUUAAAGCCCCAAUGCAUUUCGUUUAAUGAUUGUAAAUUAUCAAAUGUAUUCUUAACCGAAUUGAGUUCUGAACUUAUUCGAAACAAAAUCAAGUUAAAUUCAUUAGAAAUUAUUGAAUUUGAGGCAAAUUCGUUCAACUUGGAGGACGUUAAAAAACUGAUCGAAAUAUCUCAUGAGUCUUUCCCAAAACUUUCUGAGUUAAGACUGGCUGGUUCUCUGGAUCCUGAAAGCGCCUCUAAAUUGGCUCAAUUGUUCCCAAUUUGCUCAUUUGAACGGGUUUCUCCUUCAGAACCCGAAGUUGGAGCCUUCACAAGAGUUUCUCAUGUCAAAAAAGAAAAACGUACAACAAGAAAAUUCUUUCAUUCCAUCGCACAAUAAUUUUCUACUCUUAGGAACACUUUAUUAUUAUUAAUUUAUUUUUUAAUAA